GCAGCGAUUGGGAGGCACUGGAGCUUCCGGACACCGCCAGCAAAGCCGAAAUAAAGGCGCAAUAUCGGAAGCUGUCCAUUCGCUACCAUCCCGACAAGUGCAAGGAGGAAGGAGCUCAGAAGCGCUUCGCCCGCAUUGCAGAGGCCUACGAUGCGCUGAAGGACACAGAUGGCCAACUGGCUUUCCCCUGGGACGAGCAUCCGGAGCGCCAGCAGCGGAUGGCAGGGAGUGACCUGAUCAAGACACUGGGCUUUCUGGGCGCCGAGGCAGCUCAGACGGAUCCGAUCAAAGCCCAGUUCAUGCAGCAGGUGGUCAAGGAAGCCACUGAGUGUCGAGUUCUCCUCUUUGAGAAGGAGACGCAGGAGGCCGAGCGACAUAUGCAGGAGACUUGGGCGGAUGCGCUCUGCGUGGAUGAGCGCAGCGGUGCGAACCACCUGGUGAAGGUCUACCGACGCAUCGUGACGUUCGCCGAGUCAGCGCUCUCGGCCGCCAAAGCAGACAUGGAGGAGGUGGACGAUUAG